ACUGUCAAAGGCGGCUGGGCCUGACAGUCAGUACUGUACGCGAAUUUUAAAAUGAUCUAAACAAGUGAAGUGCAGAAAUUCGGCAAAUAGGGUUAGAAUAGUUUAGACAAUUUGUCAGUGUGUAUAAUGGAAAAAGGUAAAAAAAGAAUUAUCAAAUAUGAAAGUCAGCAAAAAAUGUAUACGUGCCAAGAAUGAUAAGAAAUCUUAUGGGAUCUGGCUGAGGAGCAGAAAAGCUGAAUGUAGCUCUACAGGGCAAAAGUUAAACAUAGACCUACAACAUCUAUCGAACAGAGGAAAUCCUGUAGUAACUCUCAACUCCAGUCAAGUGAAAAAUCAACUAGCAGUUGCUGAGAGCCCCAAAAUUGAUGAAAAUGAGUCUACUUGUGUUAACGAGCAUGAAUGUUGGAUUGUUGCCAGCAAAGAGUCAACAAAAUCUGACUUAAAGCUAUGUCUUCAAAAGACCAGCACUUCUCAUAGUGAAACCGUCAUAGCAACAUCACAGUCAACUCAGCUGCAACAGAGUAAAAAUGGAAGCACUGGGCAAGGAGUUGAACCUUGCCAGGCUGGUUGUGAUGUGCAGUGCAAACAAAUCACUCUUAGAAGUGCUACCCAGCAACGAGGAAUCAAAAGGAAGAAACAAAAGCUGUCUUACAGGAAAACACAAAGGCAAAAGAAGAUGAAAAAUGGAAUGGCCAAAAAUAAAAAUUUGUCCCCAGAAGUAAAAGACCUGCUCACAACACAAGAAAAAUUAAAUGAGAAAGGCUCGAUUCGUAAGAAGAAAAUCAUCACUAAAAGAAAAUCUUCAACUGCAAAAGUUAAAGAUGAAGAAGAAUGUGCUAUCGAAAGUAUGCUUGGAGAUGUAUUUAUUGCAGAACCUGACAAUAUCUCAAGCAGCAGUGUUUUAAUUAGAGAUGUGUUGAUGUAUGACAAAGAAGAGGAUGUACCAACUGUAUCUGAUAAAGUUGUUAUAGAAAAUAAUUCCAUGUGUCAUGAUGUUGAGCUGUUGCUACCGGAAAGUAUUACGUAUUUACAGAACCAAUGCCCAAAUGAUACUGUUGGAAAUGGUGAUGAGAGUCAAGAUUUAAAGUAUGGAGACCUUUUGGGAAGCCCAAAUUAUGGAAUUAAAGCAUGUAUUGAUCAUUCUAUUGGAAUAUCUGACAAUGUCCCUGCAGAAGAAUGUGGUGAAAAUGAGUAUAUUAGCAGCAACAGCACAGAGCAUACAGAGUACCAGCUAAGCCAUAGCUCAUCUUGUAGAAGCACUUUUGAAGAUACAAAACCUGCAGAGCCUAAGGAAAAUGAAAGUGUCAGGGAAACAUCUUCAAUUACUGAUACUUCUACAGGUAACCAAGUUGUCCUGCAAAAUACUACCAGUGGUCUAGAGCUUGAAUCCAAUGAAAGUAGUAACCAGCAAGAAGACAAAUAUGAUCAAAUGAUAGAUUUAACUACUGCUCUUUUGAGUGGCGAAGACAACACAGUUACUGAAGAUAUUAUAUCAUCUCAAAGCUCUGGUAUAAAAUAUAGCCAGCCCAAAGUUCAGAUGAACUGUGAUUGCUUAGGAAAUGUUGUAUUUACCAACAUCAUCAUCUGUCCUUCAGAUCUCUAUAUGCAAGGUGAGGAGAUUACUUCCAAUGAUGAACUGCAAUGCGGAGUUGGGAUACAGUAUGUACAAUUGAACAAAGAGUUUAACACUAAUAUAAACAAUGAUCAACCAGUAGAAAUUGCCAAAGGGAGACAUAGUAUUAGCGCUGUGAAUGAAGUCCUUCGGGACGAUACUGACUGCGGAAAUGACCAGAACGAUAAUUCAUUAGGCAAGACCUGUCAGCUUGUCAUUGCUGAAUCUGAAGGUAUGGUACACACUAAUAAUCAGGAGAGUGAAAGCAGUAGUUGUGGGCAAACAGAGUUCAUUACAAGUGGAAAUAGUGUUGGAGCGGAAGACAAAAAUAUUGCUAAAAUAAGAGAGAUGACAUGUGUUGUUAAGUUAUUUCGUGGAAAUUACCAAAUGCUGGGAGAUGAUGCUGAUGAUGCAUCUGAGAAAGUAGAUUCUAAAUCUGAACAAAGCAGUUGUCAAUCUGAAACAGUUGCUGAAGAUGAGCCUAGUGUGGAACAAUGUUUGGAAAAUAGAUGUGAGGAUCCAAGUGGAACUCAUGAAGAAAACACAGUAAAUGAUUCUUCAAAGACCAUGGAAGAAAACUCGCCUGAAGAAUCUGAAGCUGAGAUUUUCGCAAAACCUACCUCAACCUUGUACAGUUUUUCUCUUUUACAAGAGUACAGCUCAGGUGAAAGUGACAAUGAACUUUCCCCAGAAGCAGCUACAGAUGAUAGUGUUCAUUGUGAUGGUAAUUGUGGUGGUGUUGAUAUUCAACCAAUGGACCCUACAGAAGACAGAUGUGCCAAUAACUAUGAGAAUGAAGGAAAAGAUGUAAAAGUUGAUGAUCUUGAAGACCUUGACAAACUUUCUGUCCAUUGUGAAUCAAGUGAUUUGUUUUCAUCAGAUGAUGAAAGUUCCUCAGAUAGAGAGACUCCAGUUAAAGGCCUUUCCACUAUGAAUUCUGAGAGUAAUAAUCAAAGAGAGCAACAGACAGCUGAUGGAGAACAAAUUCCUGUGCAAACACUACACAAGUCUCAAGAUUAUGCGAAGGACCCUCAACUGAUCUCAAAAGUAAAACCAAUGGUGAAACCUUUGAAUAAGUCACCACUUAAGAGGAGAGUUGUUGAGGUCAGGUCCAGACACUAUCCAAGCUUUCAGUCCUGUAAGGUAAACGAUAGCUCUUUUAGAAGUUCAGUAAUGAACCAAAACCCUUACAAGGCCCAUAUUUAUCAUAGAGAAUAUGCCAGUCCACAAAUGAAGAAGCCACUGCUAUCACUUUUUCAAACUUCUAGAAGUCCAGAGAUUCAAAAAAGAUGGAAAGGGAAUUGGGAAUCUCGUAGUUGUGAUGGUUAUAGAAAUGAAUUCAAAUCAAAUCAUCGUAUAGUAGUCAACCGUGAUCCUCAUCAGUUGAUUCUAAACUUGGUGAAUAAUGGUCUUUUAGUCCAAGCCUGGAGGGAGAUCGUACAUUAUGGGCUGUGCCAUGAAGUGGACACUCGGUGCCUGGAGGACAUGGUGGUCAAAGGCUGCAUGAUGAUGACAGACAAUGCAUGGCAGAUGGCAAUGGAAAUCCUGACAGAACUCAAGUACAAUGUCAGCUGUAAUCUGCCAAUCCUGUGUUUCAAGUUGAUAAAAAAUUUAUGUAACAUGAAAGAAAUGAAUCGAGCAAUGGUGAUUUUUGAUUAUAUACCCUUUCCACUAAAUUGUUUGGUUCCAAUGGAAAUAUUAGACCAGUUAUUGGAUGGCUUGAUGUCAACCUCAAAAUGGAAAGCCGCAAGAGAUGUGGUUGGUCGACUUCUCUGCUCAGGGUUAAAGCCACAGGAUUACGUGUUGCAGAGAAUUCUGAAAACAUUUUACGAUGACUCGGACAGUCAAGGCAUUAUUGAACUUCUUAGACUGCUUCAAAAGUCUGCCAUGCAGCGUGCACACCCAAUAUACCAGGAUGCAUUGCGGUUUUUACGAAGACUGCAACUAAACACAAGGUGUGAUUAUCAUGAUGACCCAGUACAAAGUUCAAAGCUGAAGAAACUCUUGGAGCCCCAGAACAUUAAAGAGCUGAUAAGUGCUAUAUGGGAUUGUCCAAAUGGCUUUCAUUUAGGCCGGAUGUGUACAACAUUCUUUGAAGUAUGGUCUGUAGAGGCCUCAUGCUCAUCAGCACUGCAGCAGGAAAUCUGUGCGUAUCUGACAAGAGGGCCUCAACUCCAGGCAGUAAUGUUUGCAGACUUUAUUCGUGAAUUGGAUAAAACACGCAAAAUUUGUCCAGCAUUUCGUGAAGCAUGUACUGACCUCCUGAAUGGUCUUCUACUAGAAGCGCUUGCUUUGGACAACAAAAAACUUGCACUGCGGAUCAUCUUUCCAUCAAUGGAAUCGUACUUAAUACCAAUUUAUGACAAGGGUUUAGCAAGUUUGACAGACCUCCAGUGGAAUGCUGGGUCGGCAGCAAGAGCAACAGCAAGGCGUCUUUUUAAUCUGCGGUGUCAGAAUGGCUUUCUCGGUAGUCGCCACGUCCGACCAUUUGAAUUGUUAAUUCAAUCAACCUCAUCCAUUGCUGAGAUAUUCUUUACAAUCGAGAAGUUUCUUUUCUCUCAUAAACAAUUGUACAACAAAAGAACGUAUCAUUACGACAUUGUGAGAGUAGUUAUUCUGCACGGACCAAGACCUAAAGGUUUUAAUUUGACUGUCGAAAUGGAGAAUUGUAUUCACAGGGUUAAACAUGUUCUAGAAACUGCUUUUGAGCCACCAUUGAUAAUUCUACGCAUUUAUCCAUUCACAAACAAAUCGCCUAAAGAUGUACUCGUUGUGGCAUACCAUUCAAUUCAAGAUUGGUUGAAGCUGAAAGCAAAUUCCUCAAAGCAAGAUCCGUACCAAUACUGCCCUAUUCCCAGAUACAGUGUGGCGGUUAAAUAAUCGGAGAAGUAUUUUUUUAUUUUAAUAAUUGUUUUAGGCCCAACCCUUUCUAUUGUGUUUGCAAAUUUUGAGGCAUUUUAUAAGGCAGUAAUGCAUGGUGUUCCAACAGCAUCUCAAAUAGAAUAUAGAUUGUUAGGUUGUUUUCAUUUUUGAAGUUAUUAAAGUUAAAGAAAAGAAAAAAAGAAAUAGUAAUGAAGUUAUAUAUUUUAUAUUUAUUUAAAAAAAAUACUAUAUAGAAAUAAUAUGGAAGAAUAUUUAUAUUUAGUUUUACAAGAAACGGGUGUCAAAUAUUUAAUUUGUUACUUUGAUUAUUUUUACUUUCAAGAUAGUAAUUUUCUUUAUCAUUUCAUUCCAUAGAAAAUUUUUAUAGAAGGAACCAAAGAUAUUUUUAUGCAGUUCUUUUGUUUGUUUCACAAUGUUACACCUUGUUUUUACCCAUGUAUUUAAUUAUGUUUUUGCAUUUUGCUUAUAUAGCGUAACAUUUAAAAAAUUUUUUAAAUAUAAAAGAAUAUCUAUUUUGUUUUCAAAUUGUUAUCUUUCAUAGAAAAUUUUAAGAGAAGGAACCAAUGAUAUUUUUAUGCAAACUUGUUCAUUUGAAACACUUUUUUUUACCCAUGUAUCAUGUUUUUGUAUAUUUGCUGAUAUAUAGCCUAACAGUUUAACUAUAUAAAAGAAUAUGUAUCUUGUUGUCAAAAUGUUAUAAUUUUCAUUUCAUUUUAUAGAAAACUCUAAGAGAAGCAACCUUUGAUAUUUUUAUGCAAUUAUGUUCUUUAUUUCACAAUGCAAAAUUGUUCAUUUGAAACACCUUGUUUUACCCAUGUAUGUAUUUAUUCAUGUUUUUGUAUAUUGCUUUCAUAGAGCCUAACAUUUGAACUAUAUAAAAAUAUGAAAGAGUAUAUAUUUUGUUUUCAAAGAAACAUAUCUUUUGUUGCGACAUACUUUCAUUUAAGAUUUUAAGAGAAGGAAUCUAUCAUGUUAUUUCUAUGCAAUUAUAUUUUUUUUGCAAUGUUUUAUGCACAAUUUCUUAUUACCCAAAUGUACAUGAAAAAUAUAUGUAUAUGAUCAUGUUUUGGUAUAUUGCUUUAUAUAGCUUAUGCAUUCUGUAGAAGAAUAGAAUGUAUUUUAAAGAUUUAUAUGUUUUUAAAAUUUAUAUAUAAAAUAUGCCAUAGCAGAAUGAUAUCCACAGAAUACAUUGUUUUAAUCUUUGACAUUUUAAUCCAAGCUCAUCAUUUGAACAAAAUUCUUUCAUGAUGCAUUCUGUUAGAGAUUUUAUGUUUUGAAAUUGUUUUAUAAAAAUAAUCAGAAGAAACAAAAUUAAAGGUUCUUGUUGAAUA